AUGCCAGACCCCAGACCUCUAAUCACACACCUCUACACAGCGGACCCCUCCGCGCACGUCUUCUCCAACAGACUCUACAUCUACCCCUCGCACGACCGCGACACAGGCAUCCCCUCCAACGACAAUGGCGAUCAGUACGACAUGGCCGACUACCACGUUUUCUCAAUCGACUCACUCAGCCCCAAUGCCUCGGAACCAAUCGAAGUAACGGACCACGGCACCGUCCUGAAAACUGAACAAGUCCCCUGGGCAUCUAAACAGCUCUGGGCCCCCGACGCCGCGGAGCGGAACGGCAAGUACUACUUGUUCUUUCCCGCCAGGGAUGGGGAGGGCUUGUUCCGGAUUGGGGUUGCGGUUGGGGAGUCACCGGCAGGGCCGUUUAGGCCGCAGGAACUGUGGUUACAGGGGAGUUUCAGUAUUGAUCCCGCGGUGUUUGUGGAUGAGAAUGUCGACAGUGAUGAUGGGGAUGGGAAGGAAGCGUUUAUCUAUUUUGGAGGGUUGUGGGGAGGGCAGUUGCAGAGCUGGGUUCGGGGUGAGGAUGGGGUAGGGUGGACGUAUGACAAGGAUGGCAAGGAACCGACAGGUCCAGGGGUUCCCGCGCUCUCGCCUCUGAUUGCAAAGCUUUCGCAGUCGAUGACGGAGCUUGCAUCGCCUGUUCGCCCGCUCGUUAUCCUUGACGAGUCUGGCGGACCGCUUGCAGCGGACGACCAUGACAGACGCUUCUUCGAAGCCGCCUGGAUGCACAAGUACAAUGGGACGUACUAUUUCUCGUACUCGACUGGUGACACGCACUAUCUUGUCUACGCGACUAGUGACUCGCCGUGGGGACCGUUUACAUACCGCGGGCGGAUCCUUGAACCGGUGUUGGGCUGGACGACACAUCAUUCGAUUGUGGAGUUUGAAGGGAAAUGGUGGUUGUUCUAUCAUGAUUGUGAGAUCUCAAAGGGCCAGAGCCAUUUGAGGAAUGUUAAGGUGAGGGAGAUUGGGUAUCGGGAAGAUGGGACCAUUUGUCUUGUUGAUUAA